AUGGAGAAUGUGUCCAGGAUCAAUACAAACUUCAUCCUCACUGGACUUGUGGAGAUGGAAAACCUCAGAUAUCUUUAUUCUCUUAUAUAUCUCAUCAUUUAUGUAAUGAUGCUGAUGUUGUGCUCUGCUAUUAUCACUUUGGUCUGGUUAGAAGAAAGCCUUCAUGAACCCAUGUACAUUUUUAUAGCCAAUUUAGUGCUCAACGCCAUGGUUGGAGGCUCAGCCGGUUUUCCCAAGCUAGUGUUUGACCUGCUCCUUGGGUUUACCAACAUCCAAAUUUCUGGCUGCCUCUUCCAGGCAUUCUUUAUUGAGUCUUUUGCCUACGUUGAGAUUUUGAUUUUCACCAUCAUGGCUUUUGACCGAUACUUGGCUGUAGGUCACCCAUUGCGGUACCCUGUUCUGAUGAGCAAUGAGAAAGCUGUAAAAAGCCUAGCCAGCAUCUGGAUCAUCAUUGUCAUGAUCCGAAUCAUAGGUGUAGCAUUGACGGCCAGGCUUCCAUUGUGUGGGAUGAACAUCAACAGUGUGUAUUGUGAGACUAUGUCCCUCACUCGUCUGGCCUGUGGAGACACCACCAUCAACAAUGUCUACGGUACCACUGGCACGCUGCUUAUUGUAACACUUUCAAUACUUGUCGUAGUUUACUGCUACAUUAGAACUUUCCUCAUUUGCCUGAAGAUCUCCACUGAAGCCUAUCAGAAAGCUAUUCAGACCUUGGUGACCCAUAUAUUGGCCUUUUCAACUUAUAUGGCUGCCACGCUGUUUGUUGCCUUCAGGUACAGGAUAAACAUUGGUUCUGUCUCAACCAUUGCUCAUACUGUCAUCUCGAUGACUGGUCUGACCAUUUCUGUCACACUCAAUCCUGUUAUCUAUGGAAUAAGGACUGAAGCACUGAGAAUAAAAAUGAUAAACACAAUAAAAAAAAUCCACCUUUCCAAAUCCUAA